UGCCCUCUAGUGAAAACAGAAUUACAGAAGCAGCCAAAUCUUUUAGAUGAGGAAAACACCUUGUUUUGAACGCCUUUUAAGAACAAACCAACCAUAAUCAUGCAACUCUCGUUUUGCCACCACUUGUAGACUAUUUUCUUCCUUUUAUUCCAUGCUUUUAUUAAACAUUGUCAUGCAGCCAAACUGAAAAAAAAAUGUCAUCUUCUUCUUCUUCUACUUCUACUUCUUCCCCACAUGAAGUCAUUCUCACAAGCUCUCCUGAUGGCCCCAUCAUUGCCUACGAAGCUUCCUCUGGCACGGCUGUAACCCGCUUUUCUGCCAGCCGAUCGCCUCGGCGAGGCCUCACCCUCGUCGGGAAGACUUCCAUUGCAGCAUCCCACAUCUCUCCUAUCACUGCUUCUGGCUCAAUUCAUCUCUAUAACUGGUGGUCUUCUACAGCUUUUCAUAAGCUCCCUGUCCCUGAACUUGUGGCCCCUCUUACUGCUACUCCGGAUGGUUCUUAUCUCUUUGCUGGUGGCCUUUCAGGCAGCGUGUAUACACUCUCAGUCGCUUCAGGGGAUAUCCUCAACUCACUUCCUGCUCAUGAUAGGCCAGUUUCUUGUCUUACUAUCAGUGAAGAUGGCUCACUUCUCAUCUCAGGAAGUGAUGAUGGCACCAUUGUUCUCACACCAAUCUUCCAACUUCUGGGGUCAGCAAAAGAAGUUACAAACCACUCAACACACCACAAGUUUUCAGCUCAUUCCGAUUCAGUCACUGCCAUUCUUUCCGGUACUAGAUUAUGCAACUCCCAGAUCAUUUCAUGCUCAAUGGAUUCAACCUGUAAAUUUUGGAGCCUCAUCCGAGGAACCCAUCUCAGGACCGUGGUUUUCCCUUGCUCCAUUCUGGGAAUCACUGUAAACCCAUCGGAAUCAGAAUUUUACGCCGCGGGCUCAGAUGGGUCAAUCUACAAAGGCUCAAUCAGAAUGGGGAAGAGAAAAUCUCCCAGGAAUGGAACAGAGGACGAGCUGGUGAAAUGGGCUCAGAAUCAUCAUAACGGAGCAAUCGUAUCUUUGGCAAUGGUGAACAAUGGAAGGAAUCUGGUUUCGGCUUCUGAAGAUGGGAACGUUUGGGUCUGGGAAUCUGAAAAUGGGCAAGUGGUUUUGGGUCUUGGGAAUGAGAUGAGAGUGGGCAUAAGUGAUUUAGUGGUGGCUUCGGGAAUGAGAAGCGGGAAAGAGAUUGGAAUGGGAGUUGGGUAUGAGUAUGUGUUGUUUGGGAGUGAAGGGGUUGGUUGUUUAAAUGUGAAGGAAACGAUGGAAAUGGAAGAUACAUUGGCGGUGGCAGAGAAGGAUCGGAGCAGAGCAAUUGAAAUGCUAGAGUCCGCCAUUGCUAUGUAUGAGAGGCUUUUGGAGCUUAUUCUUAAAGAAGCCAAAAGAGCUUCUAAUACUGGAAGUUGCACUAAAGAAGUAGCCAAAGAAGAAAGAGAAUAGCCAUACAUAACAACAUCUUGCAAAAAUUAAAAUGUUAGCCAUAUUUGUUGAAAAAUAUCAUUUUAUGUGACUCACAAUAGUAUGUCAUUAAAGAAUGUCUCUACUCUACACAUAUAUAUGAAUUUUUUUUAUGAAUUGAAUGAGGAAAGUCCAUGCAUUUUCCUCCGUUGUUUAGUCUUUAUACCCCUCUUCAAGCCAUCUUUCGGGUUCACUUCUUGCUAAAAAAAUCUACAAGUAGGCCAUGCAUAAUCUUUAACAGGCUCUUUUGGGUCUGAUUGUGCAUCAUAUCAGAAGAAACAUAACCUUUCUUUAAAAAAGAAAACGCGAGAAAAUAAUAAUAAUAAUAAUAAUAACAAUAACGUACACUACUUAUAUAAUUUCUUUCAUUAAGAAAAUAUAGUGGAAAAGACCCAAAAAGAAAUUAAAACAAAGAAAUUUACUCAUUUGGUACCUUAUGUUUUUGCAAAGUAUCAUUUUGGUACUCUCUGUUUUCAAUAAUGCUCAUAUGGUACCAUGUAUUUUAAAAUUAUACAUAUUUGAUACUCUAAA